AUGAGGAAGUUAAGGAGAAGAGGUUACCAGCCUAGAGGAGGUGGAUUUGGGAGAGGAAGGGGGAGACGCAGAGUUAGAGGUGAACACCCAGGCUCUACAGAUUCAGACAGCCUUCUGCGAUCCUCCUCACCAUGUAGACUGAACUUCUCUGUGACAAGAGAAACACUGACAUAUGCACAGGCUCAGAAGAUGGUGGAGGUAGAACUGGAAGGAAGACUGCACCGAAUUAAUAUCUUUGACCCUCUCACAAUCGUCACUGAAGAUGAAAUGUUGGCCCAGGACCUUGCAGAAUGUAACAGUAACAAGGAGAACAGUGAGGAAACGCUGCGCAAAUCCAGACAAGGACGUAAACUUUCUACUACAAAAGGCAGAAGGAAAGAUGGAAAACAUUCAGUCGCCCAGAGUCAGCGAUCCCGCGUCCGUCACAACACACACAGGGGAAACAUCCGACACCCCCAUCCUCAAAGCCCUCUACCUAAGCCCUCCUUUCGUGUGCUGGACUCCUUUACUCCCACAGAGGCUCCUCCUCUCCCGGUGGCGUAUUACCGUUACAUGGAGAAGUCAGGAGACGAGCUCGACACAGAGGCAGAGUAUGACAUGGAUGAAGAGGACAUGGCCUGGUUAGAAAUGGUGAACCAAAAACGCGUGUCAGACGGACACGCCUCCGUCUCCCCGGACACGUUCGAGUUGCUUAUUGACAGGCUCGAGAGGGAGUCCAUCCUGGAGUCCCGCAGCCAGGCCUUGUCCCAGAGCACCGUGGACGAGGAUGCUUUCUGCUGCGUCUGCCUGGACGACGAGUGUCUCAACAGCAACGUCAUCUUGUUUUGCGACAUCUGCAAUCUGGCUGUGCACCAGGAGUGUUACGGUGUGCCUUACAUCCCCGAAGGCCAGUGGUUAUGCCGCCGCUGUCUCCAGUCGCCGUCGCGCCCUGUGGAUUGUGUGCUCUGCCCCAAUAGGGGAGGAGCAUUCAAACAAACGAGCGAUGGACGAUGGGCCCAUGUGGUCUGUGCCAUAUGGAUCCCUGAAGUGUGUUUUGCCAAUACUGUUUUCCUGGAACCUGUAGAGGGAGUGAAUAGCAUUCCUCCUGCAAGGUGGAAGCUCACCUGCUAUCUGUGUAAACAGAGAGGUCGAGGAGCAUCCAUUCAGUGCCACAAAGCAAACUGUUACAGAGCUUUUCACGUCACGUGCGCACAGAGAGCGGGCCUCUUUAUGAAAAUCGACCCCGUCCGAGAGACGGGAACGAACGGCACUACCUUUACCGUGAAAAAGACGGCUUACUGCGAGAAUCACUCUCCGUCUGGGACUAGGGGAACAGACGAGCAGAACGGCCAGGGGAGGCUGGUCGGGAGCAGGAGCAGCAGGGGGCAAAAGUCAUAUACUCCAGCUCCUCCAAUACAACAACAGCGUGGUAACAAAAAAGGGUCAACACCACAAAAAAAGAAAACAAGAAAGAGCGCAGACGGGGUGACGCGUCGGUCAGGCAUGCCUGUGCUCCUGGUACCACAGAUUCCCUCUUACAGGCUUAACAAGAUCUGCACUGGAGUAGCAGUUCAGAGAAAGAAUCAGUUCAUGCAGAGGCUGCAUAAUUACUGGCUGCUGAAACGUCAUUCUCGCAAUGGUGUACCACUCAUUCGCCGACUCCAUUCCCACCUACAGACUCAAAAGACUGCUGAACAGCGGGAACCAGAUGCGAAGUUGGUAGCUGUGAGGGAGGAACUGAAGUACUGGCAGAAGCUUCGUCAGGACCUUGAGAAAGCCCGGCUAUUGAUAGAGCUCAUCCGAAAGAGAGAGAGACUCAAAAGAGAACAGAUGAAGCUUCACCAGACGGUCUUGGAGCUGCAGCUGACUCCGUCCCUAGUCCUGCUCCGCUCCACACUGGACCAGCUGCAGGAGAAAGACUCUGCCCACAUAUUCACCACACCUGUCAAUCUAAAGGAGGUGCCAGAUUAUCUGGAGUUCGUCUCUGAGCCAAUGGACUUCUCCACUAUGCGUGCUAAACUGGAGGCCCAUAAGUAUCGUUCGGUAGCUGACUUGGAGGUGGACUUCAAUCUCAUGGUUUCAAACUGUCUCAAAUAUAACUCCAGUGACACUGUCUUCCAUCGGGCUGCCAUGCAGCUGCGGGAAGUGGGAGGUGCCAUUCUGAGGCAUGCCCGCCGCCAGGCUCUCAGCACAGGCCUCGAUCUCAGCACGGGCAUGCAUCUUCCAGACACGCCCAACAAACACAACCCCAAUCAUUCUCACUGGGAUGAGGUGGACAUGCUCUUGGACCCAGAGAACAGGGCACAUAUGUCAUUAGAAGAUCAGCUGAAAGACCUGUUAGACAAGCUGGACAUGGUGAACUCUACGCGAAACAGCAGCGGUCAUACCAAACGUAUACGACUACUGCGCAGAGAGAUCAACAGCAUCCGUCACAAACUCAGCCGGCAGCGCCGUAAUUCACGACGGCUCAACGGUAGCAUAAAAGAGGAAGAGGAUGGUGAGGAAGAAGGAGACGAAGACAAAACCAAUUAUUCAAUUGACACCAAGAAAUCAACCUCUCCAAAGACACAAGAUUCGACAUGCCCAGCUUCAUCGCCGCUACCUGGAGAUGCUCCACCAAACCCACCUACAUUUGGCUUAGAGGCAGGAGGGACAACAACGCCACGACGAUCAAACACACGCCAGAGAUCAGGGGGAAGAGGGAAAGGGAGAGGGAGAGGAAAGGGUAUGGGUGAAGAAAACACGGGAAUCGUCAUGGCCGAUGAGACCCUGCACUCAGAGGUAGACAACACUCAGAUUUCAGGUUCACAAGAAGAGGCCAUCACUGAGGUUGUAUCGAUGGAGACCUCAGUCUCUCCAGCGUUAGGUGUGGGUCGUCGCACAUCUGUCCUUUUCAAAAAGGCUAAAAAUGGAGCCAGGCCGACAAAAGAUGUGACAGUUUUACCUCAAAGUGGAAUCAUUAAAGAUAAACGCGACACGCUUUUACCUGAUCAGGUGACUGUGGGAGAUUCCUCGGCAGGAGUUCCUACACGAAGAUCAUCCUCUCCUUCCACCCAACACACGCCGACAAACACUGAAAGUGAAGGAGACAAAUCUCAUGCCCCUUCAAAACAGAGCAGCUUGACGAAUGGGUUCAAGAAGCACAAAGAUAGCUCACCAGAUUCAGAUAAUAGCUCUCACGCUGACCAAAACGACAGCCCUUCACCGCCCAAACGCAGCCGUGGCAAGCCAGCCCUUAACAAAGUCACGACAGAGGAGGGUGAUGUUGGAGGAGCCGACCCAGGUGGGAAACAUGAAAAUACUGGAACUGUUCUGAUGGAGUCUCAGAAUGAAGAUGAGUUAGCGCCUUUAAGCUUGGUCUGGGCUAAAUGCCGUGGCUAUCCUUCAUACCCUGCAAUGAUAGUAGAUCCAGAUAUGCCCCAGGAGGGGCUCUUCCAUAAUGGUGUUCCUAUACCAGUGCCCCCCAGGGAUGUGCUUAAACUAGGUGAACAAAGACAGGAGGAGACGAAGGAGAAGCUUUUCCUUGUGUUGUUUUUUGACACGAAGAGAACUUGGCAGUGGUUACCACGUAACAAGCUUCAUCUUUUGGGAAUGGAUGAUGCUGUGGACAAACUUCGUUUGAUGGAAGGCAAGAAACCUAACGUCCGCAAGUCUGUGCAUAUGGCGUACGACCGAGCGAUAACACAUUUGAGACACGUGAGGAGCAAUGUCAACUUUAGUCCGACAGAUUACAUGUAAACCUGUCUGAUAUCCAAGAAAAAAGACUGACUGCACAGUAAGAAAGGUCUUCU